AUGGCCUCUGCCUAUGACUCCCAUAGUUCCCAGCCUCUGACUAACCCGACCACAUGGCCCUUGGGGCCUUCCUGUGACGUCCACUCCUGCAUGGGGUUCCUACCGCAAGCCUACCCAGCCCCUUGGGCCUACACAUGGGUGCCCUGGGGCACUUCCCUCUGGACAGCCCGUCCUCUUCCUGUGCCCUUGGUGUGGUCCAGGGAUGCCUCCGGCUGUCACUCCUGCAUGAGUAACCAGCAUCCAGCCACCCUGGCCUCUGGCCUAGCUCCUUAUUUUAGGGGACCCCCAGCCCCCGACUCCUCAGUCCCUCCCACUCUGGCCGGGGAUGUGCUCAGUUGCUGUCCCCAAGAGGGACACGAGACCCCAGCCAGCUCAGCCCCUAGGUCUGCGGUGGGAGACCCGUCCAGAGGGGCUUCCUACCGGAAGAAGUGCCAAGCCCCUCUGUCAGAAUGCACCUUCAGCUCUGGGCCCAUUUGGGCCCCCUGGUCCCCUUCCAGCCCAGAACUCCACCCUCUGCCCCCUUCUCCCAUCCAAGACCCCCAGUCUCCUCCCCGCAGCCCCGGCUACCCCCAGCGCUCACCCUGCAGGGCCCGGCGCUGCCUCUUUGAGCCCUGA